AUGACUAGUCAAAUUAUUGUCGUAGGUGGUGGACUUUCUGGACUUUCAGCUGCUCACACCAUAGUGGAACGCGGCGGUAAUGUUCUUGUCCUCGAUAAAAAUUCUUUCUUUGGUGGAAACUCCACAAAAGCUACUUCGGGUAUAAACGGUGCUUUAACCAAAACUCAGAUAGCUCUUAAGAUCCCAGAUUCAGUUGAAAUCUUUGAACAGGACACUCUUAAUUCGGCUAAAGAUCUUGCUCGUCCCGAUCUUAUUAAAGUGCUUACUGGAGAUUCUGCCUCGGCUGUUGAAUGGCUUCAAGAUAAAUUCAAAUUGGAUCUUUCACUUGUCUCACGAUUAGGGGGACAUUCACAACCACGUACUCAUCGUGGAAAAGAAAUGUUUCCUGGAAUGACUAUCACAUAUGCAUUAAUGGAAGGUAUUGAAAAACUUGCGGAACAACAACCUGAUCGAGUAAGAAUCAUCAUGAAGGCACGAGCCACAAAAUUAAUCAAGGAAGGUGAUACCAUCGUUGGUGUCGAAUACGUUAAAGGUGGUCAAACCUUCAAGGAAUAUGGACCCGUAAUCUUGGCCACUGGUGGUUAUGCCGCCGAUUUUACCGAAAGUUCAUUGUUGAAAAAAUAUCGACCUGAUAUCUUUGAUCUUCCCACCACUAACGGGGAUCAUUGUACCGGCGAUGGUCAUAAGAUGAUUUUUGAAGUCGGAGGAAAAGGUAUUGAUCUGGAAAAAGUCCAAGUCCAUCCGACAGGUUUGGUUGAUCCAAAAGAACCAGACGCCAAAAUCAAAUUCUUGGCUGCCGAAGCUCUUCGAGGUGUUGGUGGAUUAUUAUUAAAUGCCGAAGGGAAACGAUUUUGUGACGAAUUGGGUCGCCGUGAUUAUGUUACUGGGGAGAUUUGGAAAACCAAAACACCAGUUAGGCUUGUGCUUAACAGCAAAGCCUCAAAAGAGAUUGAAUGGCAUUGUAAGCACUAUACCGGUCGUGGUUUGAUGAAAAAAUUCAACUCUGGUGAAGCGUUAGCAAAAGAAUUGGGAAUUUCAGUAUCACAAUUGAAAGCUACAUUUGACGAUUAUAACGAAAUCGCGACUGGUAAAAAGAAGGAUCCUUACGGCAAAAAAUUCUUCUCAAAUGCUCCAAUCUCGGUCAAUGAUGAAUUCCACGUGGCUAUCAUGGCUCCCGUGUUGCAUUACACAAUGGGUGGUGUAGAAAUAAACUCUAAUUCUGAAAUUAAAGACGUAUCAGGAAAUGUUAUUCAAGGACUUUACGCCUCUGGAGAGAUGGCUGGAGGUGUUCAUGGAGCUAACAGAUUGGGUGGUUCGUCUCUUUUGGGAUGUGUUGUAUUUGGUCGUGUUGCCGGUAACUCCGCAUCACGUUAUCUCUUCCAGAAUUUGUCCAGUGCGACUGCCAAUCGUCGUCUUGGACAAAUCGCUGGUCAAUUAUCUCCAUAUCAAACUACAGUUUCUGUAGAUCCAAAUAGUCAAAAAGUUUCAUUAGAAAUUUCGUGGGCUCAACAAGGAACCGGUUCUAUGAAUCAAAUCGCUCCAACACAAGCAUCAGCCCCUGCUCAAACACAACCAGCAAAGGUAGAGAAGGAACCAAAGGUACUUAAAGAUUACACUUUAGAAGAUGUAGCAAAACAUAAUAAAGAAACAGAUUGUUGGGUAGUGGUUAACGGUCAGGUUCUAAAUGUUACUGAUUUCCUUCCAGAUCAUCCCGGUGGAAAAAAGGCUAUUCUACUUUACGCUGGCAAGGACGCCACAGACGAGACCAUUAUCGGAAAUUUGAAAAAGUAA